CCCCCUUGUCCUUCCCCAUUGUGAUUCAUUUGCACAUUUGGAAAGUGUUGUUUUUCUUUUUUUCAUUUGCAUUGCAAAGCAAAAACCUUGCAAAUUGCAAUGGCUUCCAACAAGGUUAUUGCCACCAUCUUGGUUCUUUCUCUCCUUGCCUACUCAACAUCAUUCACCAAUGCAUGUCGCACAUGCCACCCAAAACCUACUCCUUCUCCCCCUCCUCCAUCAGGGAAGUGCCCCAAGGACACAUUGAAGCUAGGGGUGUGUGCUGAUGUUCUAGGACUUGUUAAUGUUGUUGUUGGUUCCCCUGUCUCUAGCAAGUGUUGUGCAUUGCUUGAAGGUUUGGCUGAUUCGGAGGCUGCACUUUGCCUUUGCACUGCUAUUAAGGCCAAUGUUCUUGGAAUCAACUUGAAUGUGCCUAUCACACUCAGUGUGCUACUCAGUGCUUGCCAAAAAACUGUUCCUGCUGGCUUCCAAUGUGCAUAGAACUCCAUCACAUGCUAGGUUCAUUCCAUCACCUGUGUCCUCAAAUUGUUGUUUUGUUUUAGUUCUUCUUUGUGCUAUGACACGUUUCAUUUUAAUAAUAAGCUAGGUAAACACGUGUUUGCCUUAGUUAGUAACCUUUUCUCUUUUCUAGUAAAUUUGGGGAACUUUGAUUAUUGUAAUUUUUACUUUUGGGGUAUAUUGGAGGUGGAAAAUGUUAAGUAGAGAAAGAGAGUGACUUCCUUAGGGGAUGAUUAAACCUCUGAUGGCAUUGUUAAACCUUAAAGACCAAUGUUAGUCGACAAAAUUGUAUGCAAAUUGUAAUGUACGUUACAAUCAAGUGUGUGUAUUAUCAAUUUAUGUUAACUACGGUCUAUUAUUUUUUUUA